GUAGGCUUUGGUUUGUAAAAGCUGUUUUUAUUUAUUUGACUAAUGCUUCAACAGGACAUAGAUAAAAUAGUCUGAGCUGGAUUUUCAAGACAAAGUGAAAUGUCAAGCAUUACACCACAGAAGGCGUAUCCCUCCAGACCUCAACCUAGCUUUGUUUUACCUUUCAACGAACUGUAAUAGACCCAAACUGGUUUUCAAUGGGUCUGAUUGGUGGCCUGAUGCCCCAGAAUAUGUGGGCUUGGCUAAUGUUUGGGCAUAAAUACAGAGGUUACAUUCAAGGCACUUUACUUUGUUUUGGAUAAGCAUAGAUAUUCUGUUCCUGCAUUUGCUUGAUUUUUUGUUUUUGCUUGGUGAUUGUACUGCUUUGAGAAUGGCUCCAAACAGGUUUGCUGAGCGCAACAUUGUCCACUGCUUGCGGUGCAAAACGCCACAGAAGCAUCUUGCUGGCCACCUGGCUAGAGUGUGUAUGAAAGACAGCACAGCAGAAGAAAGGCAAGCUGAGAUUCAGAAAGCCAAGUUAUCUUCCAGGCGGUGGGUCUGGAGGAACAGGACCUGGGAUUACGCCAGCUUUGUUCUAUCCUGCCCCACAGAGUUUCAGAGGCGUGGGUUCUUUUUCACCAACAUGCCACAAGAGUCAGACAUGGCCAUGGACUCAGGUGAUGCCACCUCCUCACAACAGGGUUCGACUUCUGAUCAAAGAUAUGAUGACACUGUUCGCACACUGACACAGUACAAGGCCAUUUUGGUGGUAGCCAGGAUCGACUUCCUGAAAAUCUUUUGGAAGCUCGUCUCAAGCACAGAGGUCCUCUCGACAGAGGAGACCAGCUAUCGCUGCUACAGCACGGCACUUUUGGUGUUACGUCACUUUCAGUGCCCGGCAGCUGUGCAAGGCCUGACCGUGUCAGAGUGGGUCAACAGCAAAGAAGUUGGCGACAGGGGGGUGAGGAAGCUUGGCUGCAGGCAUAUUACAUGCACAUCUGGCCAAGAGUGAUCAGGGGUGACCUGAACUGUGACAGGUUUUUCAUUUCGUCAGCUGGCACGGCUUUGCUCACAGUUUCAAACGACCUCGGUGUGCUCCACAAAGCGUAUUUAUGAAAAAAGCUGGAGUGAGGGCACACUGGAAAGCUUCUUAAGAGCCACCAGUCGUCAGGUGAGAAGUGCAGCAGAGACAGCAGCGGCUAACCUGACGGACACGGAGAAGGAGGCCGUGUCCUCUUACCUGGCCUACAACACUGCUGUGGCUAAACUGCGCAGAGCACCGACGUCACAGGUUGUAGCGGCCACAGCUACAUUGCUGGAUUCCUUGGCAGGGUAGGGUUCUUUAUCUUACACAGACAUGAAACAUCACAAUUGCAUGUAUUUGUUGUUCACCUAAUUUCUAAUAUGUUAACACAUACCUUCUUUCGUUUUACAACUCUGACACCGACCGGUUUUCCGGUCCAUUGGGCACAAAGUCUUUGGACUUUUCAAACUUUUUAAAGACGUUCCCGGCAUCGGCACACAGCAAAGCACCCACCAAACAAGAGAGAUUAAAGGCAAGGUUUCCGGGAAAUCGUGUCUUCUAUGACAAGUGGCGUGCCUCCCAAAAGGCCAAAAGAAUGGAACUGCUGCUUCCAUCCUUUACCCGAAAACCACAAGAAAGCAGGGUGAAAUACACGAUUGUGAAGAAGGGGUGGAAGAACAACUGUCCAAAGCCAGCGGACGUUUUGGCGUCAUGGAAACCAGCCACCAAACUUGUCAUCGAGACUGAUGAGGGCCUCUGUUGGAAUGUAUCUCAGCAGACAUGGAAAGGCCUGGCCAUCAAAGAUUUUGGUGGAGAGAAAGGUCUAGGAGUUGUUACAACCCAACCCUUUUCCAAGGGUGACAUCCCUACCUAGGGAAAAGUCAUGAUGCAGAGUCUACAGGCUGAAGCAGGCAGCAGAGGGCCAUUAAGGAAGACA